CCGUGUCGCUGCAGUGUUGCGCUUUCCUGUUUACGGGCGGGAAGAGCGAACAUAGCAGAGUGUGGGAGCUACUGUGUUUAAAUCGGAGGCACAUUUGUUUUAAUUCCCCUUCAUUCUGAUGGUUUGCACUUUUUAAUGAUUCACGGGGGAUUACGAGGUCUAGUGGAUACUUUUUAAGCGGACGGUUGUUUAAAACUAAAGGGAUUUUUUUGGAGAGUGCGGGGCAGAUGGAAGAUCCUGCCGCAGAUUCUGGCGGUGGCGGCGGCGGUGCAGGAGCGGAGGGCCCCGCGGUGCAGGUGGCAGAUAUCUGCUGGCCGACCGGAGCUCUCCCGCUACGGCUUCUAGAGUGGAAGGUCAAACCCGGGUCUCUUGUUAACGUAGACUCCGUGCUAGCACUAUGUGCUCCCAUACCUCAGGAGAAGGGGGCAGAGGCUGCCAGGCUGCCGGAGAAGAAGGUGAAAUCGGACCGUGCUGGAGUAGUGAAGGAGCUAUGCUGUCAACUUGGACAAGUCAUACCUCCCGGGGGUGUCAUAGUCAGAGUAGAAGAGUGCAGCCACCCGAUAGUGAUGAAGGGUUUAUGUGCUGAAUGUGGCCAGGACCUGACUCAGUUGCAGAGCACGAAUGGGAACCAGCAAACUCCCAUCUCCACAGCUACAGUCUCCAUGGUGCACAGUGUACCCGAGCUGAUGGUCAGCUCAGAGCAAGCAGAACAGCUGGGCAGAGAAGACCAGCAGAGACUCCAUCGGAACAAAAAGCUGGUCCUGAUGGUGGAUCUGGACCAGACUCUGAUCCACACCACUGAACAGCACUGCCAGCGUAUGUCCAAUAAGUUAACACGUUAUUUCCUCCAGGGCAUAUUCCACUUCCAGCUCGGUCGAGGAGAGCCUAUGCUCCACACACGACUACGCCCACAUUGCAAGGAAUUCCUGGAGAAAAUUGCCAAACUCUAUGAGCUACAUGUCUUCACAUUCGGGAGCCGCCUUUAUGCACAUACCAUUGCUGGCUUUCUGGAUCCUGAAAAGAAGCUUUUCUCUCAUCGGAUCCUUUCUAGAGAUGAAUGCAUCGAUCCUUUCUCCAAGACGGGGAAUCUUAGGAACCUUUUCCCUUGUGGGGAUUCAAUGGUCUGCAUAAUUGAUGACCGAGAGGAUGUUUGGAAGUUUGCACCUAACCUCAUCACUGUGAAGAAAUACAUCUACUUCCAAGGCACAGGGGAUAUCAAUGCUCCCCCCGGCUCACGGGAAGCUCAAAUGGCCAGAAAAGCAGGAGGCCCCUCAAGUCGACCGGCAGAGAGCACAGAAUCAGCAGGGACGCUUGGUGCAGAAGAGCAUAAUAAUGGCCUCAGGAAAAGAGCGAAAGACCACAGUGUUUCCGGAAAGGAUGAGCCCACAACAUCUCAGUCUUCUCAGGGAGUAUCAACAAAUGAACGGACUCAUCCCACAGGGGUUGUAGAAGAAGAAUCAGGACAAAGUAAACAGUCAGUGUCUGAGGUGGUGCCUGGGGCGGGGUUGAGAGAAUACCAGGAGGGAGAUAGAACAAAUGUAAAGGAAGAUGACACCAACAGGACACAAGAGGCACGAGAAGGUGCAAACUCAUCAGCACCCAGCCAUGAGUCCAAUAAUUUGGACUUUGAACUUUCCAGUGACAGUGACAAUGACUCCAUUACAGAAAAGCCUCCCUCAUCAGAGAGUGAUAGUGAAGGAAAGUCUUGCCAGGCAACAAAGCCUGGACAGGAACCUGUUACGCAAGAGUCUAGUGAUGGGGAUGGGGCAAGGUUAGGGGACAGUAAAGGUCGGUGUGAGGGAGAAAACAGCUCUGCUGUAGCAGAACCUUCAGGGGUUAUUCUCCCAGACCCCGAACUGGGAAAUGGCUGUUUAGAUAGGAGAGAGCCGGAAACCGAGUCCCAGAAUAGUGAACAAUCUGGAGUCACCAUGGGGGAGGAGCUGCUGGACCAGAGUAUGGAGGACGAGGAGGAGGAGGAAGAGGAAGCCGAUAAUGACAAGGACGAUCACCUGAUCUACCUGGAGGAAGUGCUAGAAAGGAUUCAUGCUGAGUACUAUUGCCGCUACGAGGCCUACCUGAGGAAGGAGGCCUCCGAAACGCCGGACAUACGUAAGAUUGUCCCAGAACUGAAAGGCAAGACACUGGAGGGCACAAUGAUAGUGUUCAGUGGUCUGUACCCGACCAACUACCCAAUGGAGAGGACCCGUGAGUACUACCACGCCAAGGUGCUAGGGGCAAAGAUCGGCAAGAAUCUGGUUCUCAACUCCCAAGAUCCCAGUCGGACAACACAUCUUGUUGCAGCAAGAGCUGGUACCGAGAAGGUUCGUCAGGCACAGGGCUGCAAGCAUCUCCAUGUUGUCAACCCCGACUGGCUGUGGAGCUGUCUGGAGCGCUGGGAGAGGGUGGAGGAGCAGCUGUACCCACUAAAAGAAGACUACUCCAAAACAGCAAGGAGCAACAGUCCAGCAGCUUUCCCUGAUAAUCAGGGCUCCCUGCGGAAGCCUAUUUUCCACACAACUCUCAUCCACCACAGACCCCUACCUCCAGCCCUAGAGGUUCGGACCUAUGACCCCGUCACAGGGAAGCUGAUCCGCAGGGGCCCUCAGGUGUCACGGCCACCACCUUAUUUCCAGGCAUCAGGGUCUUUGAUGCUCUCCGAUCACAGAGAGCAGUCUUCUCUCAGGGGAACUUCAAAGAGUCAGCAGGAUGACGUGGCAGGGUCCAGCCAAGACGAUGAGCAGCCAGGACCGUCUCGUCGGAAACGACAACCAAGCAUGUCAGAAACUAUGCCUCUAUACACACUUUGCAAGGAGGAUCUAGAGAGCAUGGACAAAGAGGUGGACGACAUCUUAGGUGAGGAGAGCGACAACGAGAGUGAGGGGCGAGGGAAGGAGAAGCCAGGUAAUGAGGAGGUGGAGGAUGACGAUGAGGAGGAGCAGCAGCAGCAGCAGACAGGAGCUGGACAAAUAGCAGAAGGAGGGCUCGGUCCUCAGGCCGUGAGCAUGGAAGAGAGGCUUCAGACACCAUCCAGUGAGGCCAGUGUGCCAGGUGGUGUGCUAAGGGGCCACAAACGUAAGCACGAAGAAGCCAAGGAGGACGAGGAUGACGAUGAGGUGGAAAAUAAGCAAUCUGCUGACGACUCCUCCAAAGACUCCAAUGAGGAAGAGGAAGGCAGCAGUUCAGAGGCAGACGAGAUGGCCGCAGCCUUGGAGGCAGAGCUCAAUGACUUUAUGUGAUGUGGAACCUGGAGGGACUCAGUCACAGGAAAAGGACAACAAAAAAUCAAACCCCAGUCGUCCCUAAAGUGGUACCUAAAAAAUUAUUUUUUUGCUUUGGUAUCAGUGAGUACUUAGGAUGUAUGAGCCAUGAAUGUGUGCUGUAAUAAAAAUGAAUGUCCUGUACAGAAAUUACAUGUUGCUGUGUAAAUAAAGGCUUAGAUUUUUCGUAGUAUUGAUAUAUAGCCUUUUUGGCAUAAAACACUUUGAUGUUAACGUUUUAUUGUAAGAUAACAAACUGUAGGUGACAUGAAAUUUGAUACUUUUUUGUUUUACUGUUUUCUAUUUCGAUUUUUAUAUUCAUGAGAAAAAGAUAAAUGAAAUUAUAAACAAUAAAUUUUGCUGGUUGUACAUGCCAAAGAGUUCGGAAUAGGUUUGCCAAGGCGUGCAGCUAAACAUUUUACUCUUGACUUCCAGUUUUGUUUUUUCUUUUGGCCUCCUCAGUAGUUUUCUAGGGUCAUAAAUGCAACCAGCGAAUCUAGACGUUUGAAUGUGUUUUCUCGAGUUGUUUCUUCCUCCUCACUGUACAUUUGAUGACAUAAUGGUAAGGUAACUUUCUCUCUUUGCGAUAAGCAGACCUUUGGUCAACUGAAUUUAACUAUACUCCCACUGUAUUUUCACUUUCAUUUGUUGUACAAUAUUGUCCAGUUAAGAAGGAUGGACACCCCUAGGCCUUUGCUUAUUGUGAAGCCCUUUUAAAGGUAAGUUCAUCCAUAAUAAGGAAAAAAAAUGUACUUUCUCACUUACCUUUAGUGUUAUGCAACUAUUCAUAGAAUUUUGGGGUUUUUUUCCUGCCCAGGCUUUUAGGCUUCUGCCUCCACCCAAGUACAAUGGUGGUACCAUCAACCUUGAGGUCGAAUUUUGUGUGUGUGUGUUUGUGUGUUUGUGUUUGUG